AAAUGUCAUUUUCUGAAGUCCCAUUUGAAAGCACAAAAGAACUCAAGUCUAAGUAUAGAAAGCUCAAGAGGAACUACCUCAACCUGAGAAGUGAUUACAGCAAGGCCCUUACGGGACUUGAGGAAAAUCUGGAGAACAAUAAGGAAAUCAAAUAGCGAAAUUGCUUUCUUGAAGCAGAAAUUAGAAGAUUUUAUGGGUGCAUUUAAUUACGACCAAAACGAGGACCAGCCUUUACAAGCUGUUCCAAGUUUUGAUUACAAAUCCGAAAAUAAGACUCCAUCCAUGGGCUCUCGGAAAGGAUCAGUCAAAUCAAAUAGGUCAAAGAGCAAAGGGAAGAGCUCAAUGCUUUAAAUCUUAGUCAGAGGACAUCCUACCGUCAUGAGAGUGAAGAGGACAUCAAUGCAAUAAUUUCAAUAAAUCCAGAUUUUUUUGG